AUUCUACGGGACCGAAAAAUGAGGUUCUUAACGCGCGCGGCCUGCUAUUACAAUUCUUUCGCGUUUUGCCCGCCAAAGAGACGGGAGAGUGGGCGGCGGCGACGACGACGACUAGUGGGGUCCCGGGCACGCGGCGGCCACUCUCUCUUAAAUCUCGAUCGACGCAUUUCAGUCACAGUUUCGCCCGCGUACAACGAUGACACGACGUCAGCGGUUUCUUCUUCCGAGUUGAAUUUGGGCUCUCGCUAGCGCGGACUGUUUUUUUUUUCUAGCACUCACUCCUUUCUUCGCCCGUCGGUCGUCGUCGGUUUGCCUUUUUUUUCCUAACCCGUUUGCAGUGCAGGCCUACCCGGCGAUGACAGCGACGCCGACACCGCAUUAACGUGACAACAUGGCCUUGCACAACUUCACGUCGCCGUUUCUGGCGACGCCCGGACCCCUGAACCCCUUCUUUCAUCACCACCAGCAACCGCCGGUGCCGACGGUGCCGCCCUACUCGUAUCCCAGGCCACAGAAGCCGUUUCUAGCGGAAGAAUUUCCCGGCGACCGAGGUCGCAGACCGCCCCCGGCACACGACCAUCGGGGUGGUGACUAUCGGACGUCCCACGUACCCGGUUACACCCGAGUCGACGACGACGACGGUACCAAUACCAGAGUGCACGCGGUCAUCGAUUACGACUACGACGACGGCGACGACGAGGCUCCCGGCGUCCCAGCGACUCCCAUCCAGGGACCGAUCUAUGUGAAAAACGGUUCGGUACCUGUCGUGCCUCUUUACUCCCAUCCGGUCAUCAACAACGGUACCUUUGUCCAGAUUCCGAUAUUAUGGACGGCCCUGUCAGUAGCAUUAGGUUUAGAAUUAAGAGGCGAAUACAUCCGCGGGGUGCCGUGCAUCAAACGCAACCAACAACUCAUCUGCCCGACAGCGGGGGACUCGUAUCCGCUAGACCGAAUAGAGUUGUUCAUAGACGAGAACAAAGCGCUGAUGAAACGAAUGUACGGCGAGAUCGACAUGCAACAGUCUUUCAGUUCGUCGGGGCCGUAUCCGCCGCCAUCUAGCGGUAAGAAAACGAAACGGUCGGCUAAGACGCAUCUCGAUCCCGGCCCGGAUCCCGGCGGAGACGACCGCUCAGAUCCGGGCAAGCCGCGGACGCCGCGUCAAAACUUCCGGAACAACAACAACAUGGGGAACGAGAGCGGAAGGAUUGACGUGUGCGAGAGUAAGUUGGAGAUCGUCACCCCGUACUGGGCUUCGAACUCGGCCGGUAAAAUCAGGGCCAUAGUAAACACUCAACAUUUCGAGCAGGCCGUCCACCAGGAGACGUGCUCCAAAGCGAGUACAAAACGGUGUUCAGGCGAGUGCGGCUGCGAGCAGAAGUACAAAUGGCACCGCCUGCUCGCCUACGACCCCGACAACGACUGCAAGGGCAUUUUUAUGGACUGGUUCCUGUUCCCUUCGUGCUGCGUAUGCCGCUGCAACCCGUGAGGCGUUCGUUUCGAAUCGGCGCUUGCGUUUUCCUCCAGGGGCGACCCGCGGUCUACCCCCCCCCCCGACUCCCUCCCCACUGUGGUUGUACCGAACUCGGACGCGUUUGUUUUUUUUAGCAUGUAGUUUCGAACCAAAGCGUGGAAAGGUCCCGUGGACGUAAUGUUUUUAGUUUUAUUUAGGUAGGUAAAAUAAGCGACGACGGCGGCACCGAGACGGCCCUGUGUUAAAAAUUCGGCGACAACUGAACGAAAAACGUGUUUAAAUUGGCAAAUGCCGCGCGUUGCUGGGUCUGUCGUUUUCGAAAAACAUAACCGCACGUAAACCAGCAGCGUGAGGUGACAUUUCCAAUUUCUAUUCUGUGCUCUAUUCCGCCUGUUUAACGCACAACCGGGAAAAAAAUGACGUGCCCGGCCGAUUUGGUAAAUGUGGACCUUUAUUUAAGUAGAUAUUUUCUUAAAAAAAAACAAAUUGCAAUCCUCAGAUCUGGCAACGUCGCGUGUCCCGAAAAUAUCUAAAGAUAAAGUUUUUCAAGGACAAGGUUCCCUCUCCCGGGCGCAUAUAGAGUUACCCCCGGCCCCCACUUUAGUUACCCCCGUUACCCGGAACCUUUAGUUUUUUACGUGUUCCUGUACAUUUAUACACAUAUACAUAUACACGAGAGCGACUUCGCUGCCAUUUUUUUAUUUCGUAAAAUUUUAAUUAAUAAAUUAUUGCGUUGAACACGGGUUUCGUUUU